AUGGCCGCAAUUGCCGGGUGCGCGGUUCCUUGCGUCACCGGCCUGAGCCUGACCCCCAUCCCCCAGGAUUUCUCCGAAUCCUCCGUGCAGCUGCUGCGAAAUGUCACGGCGAGCGCGUUACCAGCCGUUACAAAACUGACGAUCAACGAUGCAGGAGCUCGCGUGGUCUUUUCGAGGCGCCUCUCCCGGUCCCUGCGCGUUUCCCCGUCACUGUCAGGAGUAUCUACAGCACCGCCACGUGGCAGCAGUCGAACGACCAGAGCCAUGGCAGGAACCUCGCCUGGCAGCAACCAGUCAGGAGGUCGCGACGGAUCCUCUGCUUCCGAUCUCAGCAGCGUCUGUGUGGUGGGCUGUGGAGGGCUGUGCAUCGACUAUCUCGCCACCGUCACCGCCUUUCCCCACCCAGACGACAAGAUCCGUAGCACCUCUUUCGAGGUGCAAGGCGGAGGCAAUGUGGGCAACACACUCACGGCCAUCUCUCGCCUUGGGCUCUCCACACGCAUUUUCACCAAGCUGGCGGACGACCUGGUGGGCAAGGCGAUGAUUGCAGAGCUGCAGGCGGACGGCGUGGACACGUCACACAUCAUUCUUGGGAAGGGGGGCAUGUCUCCAUCCACAUACAUCAUUGUGGACCAACAGACCAACACUCGCACGUGCAUCCACACACCCGGCUCCCCACCUCUGCUCCCCUCGGAGCUGUCAGCUGCUGCCAUCACGUCUCUGCUCUCAGGAGCUUCUCUCGCCUACUUUGAUGGCCGCCUCGCCGACACCACCAUCCGCAUAUGCCAGCAGGCGGUGGCUCUGGGUCUGCCGGUGCUGGUGGAUGCUGAAAAACCCCGAGAAGGGCUGGAUGACCUGCUGGCCCAUGCCACAUUUGUCGUCGUUUCCGAGAAGUUUCCGCAGGCAUGGACGGGGGAGGAGACGCUGGGAGCAGCCCUGCUGGCCAUGGCUGUGCGCCUGCCAAGGGCACAGUUUAUUAUAGUCACACUGGGGGCGGCCGGAUGUGCCAUGCUGGACCGACGGGUGGCUGCAGCCUCGGAUGCACCCAGUGAGGAUGUGGACAGGGCACUGCAAUGGGUGAUCAGAGCUGCAAAGGAGAAGGGCAGCAAGCAAGGCGACCCUGCAGUCUUCUCCUCUCGGCCUCUGCAUCUGAAAUCAUCGGCACAAGGGACGGAAGUUGCCGCCCAGCUGGUGGCAGCGACAGCUGUGCUGCUGGAGGCAGGGCAGGUGGUGGAUACCACCGGUGCUGGUGAUGCCUUCAUUGGUGCUGUUCUUUACGCCAUUUCUGCUUGCUUCACUGUUGAUCGCAUGCUCGCACUCGGCGCUACUAUUGCUGCAGCGAAGUGCCAAGCCCUUGGAGCGCGUCAAGGCCUGCCCCGCCGUGACGACCCUCGCCUUGCGCACCUUCUUGAGCCUGAGCGUGCUGUUGCUUCUGGUUUGUAA